AUGGACGAUAAAAGACUGAAGGCUAGAAAAGCUUGCUCCUCAAGAGCAGAGCUGCAGUUCUCUGUUAGCAAAGUAGAACGUGCCCUUCGAAAAAUAUACUUUUCGAAAAGGCUGAACACUUCAGCAUCUGUUUUCCUCAUGGGAGUGCUCAAGUAUUUGACAUCCAACAUACUUGACCUGGCUGGCAAGGAGGCUCGCAACAGCGGCAACAAUGUCAUUACCCAAAAGCACCUGAUCAAGGCAGUUCUGAACAACAAGGAGCUCAUCCAACUCUUCAAAGACAACAAAUAUUUGAUUGAUGAAAUACCAGGACCCAGUGAAACACCAGGACCCAGCGAAAAGUGA